AUGAUGCUGAUAUCUCACAGCCUUCAGUUUCCGCUAGCACUCCAACCUUUUUCAUCAUCAAGAUUUGGUGUGAAAACAAGUUAUAAUAACCGUGGAAUUAUAAGGCCAUCAUCAUCCAUCAAUGUAAAUCAAAUUUCCGAUCAGGUCGGCGUCGAUCUCCGGCGAUCAGCUAAUUACCAUCCCACCAUUUGGGAUCCAAAGCUUAUUCAAUCAUUAACCACCACUUACACCUAUGAACUACACGGAAACAGAUUGGAUAAGUUGAAGGAGCAAGUUAGAACGUUGCUAAAAUCCACCAAGGACGUGUCAAUCCUCUUGAAGCUCAUCGACUCUAUCCAACGGUCUGGAGUAGCUUACCAUUUCAAUCAUGAAAUAGACGCCGUUUGUGACCACGUCUUGUCGUGUGUCUCCAAUGGCACUGGUCUUUCAACAACCGCGCUGCGGUUUCGUCUUCUACGACAACGUGGUCAUUUCGUAAACACAAAUGUUUUCAAUGAAUUCAAGGACGAAAAUGGGAACUUCUUGGAUAGCUUGAGUAGUGAUCUAGAAGGGCUCUUGAAUUUAUAUGAAUCAUCAUUUAUUGGGAUGUGCGGGGAAGACAACGACAUAAAUGAAGCCAAAGAUUUUAGCAUGAAACAUCUCAAGUCGUUUCUAUUAACCAAUAGAGAUGACCGUACUGCGGGCAUCCGAAACAAAGUAAAUGAUGCGUUAUCGGCCCCCUUGCAUUGGAGGAUUCCAAGAUUGGAAGCGAGAAACUUCAUUAAUCUAUUCAAAGACGACAACGGGAUAAAUUCAUCUAUUCUUCUUGAUUUGGCAACUUUAGAUUACAAUCUUGUACAAUCAAUACAUCAAGAGGAGGUUAAAGAACUAACCAAAUGGUGGAAAAAAUUAGGUUUUGAAGAAAACUUGAGUUUUUCUCGGGAUCGAAUGAUGGAGAACUAUUUAUGGGCAAUGGGAUUUGUGUAUGAACCUCGAUACUCAAAUAUUAGGAAAACUGUCACUAAAUACAUUUGCAUUUUUAGCGCCAUCGAUGAUAUCUUUGAUAUAUAUGGAUCACUCGAUGAGCUAGAGCUCUUCGUGAAAGCAGUUGAACGGUAAGAAUCUGAGCACACUAUUUAAUUAUACAAAAUUAAAGUAGUACUCAUAUAAACUGUGUAUAAUCAGAUGGGAUUUGAAAGCUAUGGAUGACCUCCCACAAUACAUGAAGAUAUGUUACUUAGCCAUGUACAACUUUGGAAAUGAAACAUCAUAUGAUGUUCUAAGAGAUCACAACA